ACCCAGACUCCUCAGACAGAAUUCCUGUGGACUAUGAACACUGACUCCACAUAGAUAUGCACGCUGCAGAGAAGUACAGACAGACCGUGCUUCAGUUUCUCAGCAGCCAGUUCAGUUACAGUUCUACCAUGUUCAGGAUGAACUUCCUCCUACUGUGUGUCCUGCUUUGGGCCACCAGUUGCUCAGCUGACAAAGGUGCAGCUCGAUCUCGUUCGGUGACCAUUCAGCCCUGGUUAGUGGGGCUCUCUGCUGUUGUUGGCUUCUUAUUUAUAGUCUUCGUUAUCCUGAUCAUUAGAAGACUACUUAAGAAAAACAGGGUGGAUGAAGAAGAUGGGGGUUAUGACAGAAUGAUCAAGAUGGAUAAAGAGGACACACAAGAAACCGUUAUGUAAAGACCCCGCUAAUAAGACAUCAGAUUACCGGCAGAGAUAAGGCGGAAGGAGAGAAGCUAGAUCUAACCUUUUGACUUUAUCCACAAAGAAAAAUGUUUCCACAGUCUCCAUCAGAGUGAAUGGAGGCUGUAUAGGUGAAUGAAAUGAUAUGAUUUUAUAACAUGAUAUGAUAUUGUAUAGUAUAAUAAUAAAUAAAGGUGUAUUUGAAUGUA